GAGCAUGCGCAGUGCCUCUCGCGUGCCUCUUCCCCUGUCAUCCUCCCGGUUCUGUUCCGAGUACCCCGUUAUGGGCCCGGCGGGCCUCGCAGGCGGCGCUUUGGGUCGUCGUCCGGCGCCUGCGCGUGGCCGGCUUGGCAGGAGGGGCAGGAGAGCCGCCUUCCCCCCGCGGUAGGGAAGCCCCUUGCAGAGGUGGGGGAAGGGGCCUCACCUGCCGCAGAGGAGCACAGCAGCUUGGUGGCCGAGGUCAGAGAGAGCUUCCUGGGCUGCCUUCUGAGAAGUGACCUGCGGCCUCUUGUCCUUUUGAUCCCUUGAGAUCUGGUGUCGACACAACCAGUUCUCACAGCUUCUGUCUGCAAAGAUGCUGCGUUGAUGGACUUUGAACACAACCCUGGUUUCUGGAUAGAAGUGCAGGCCCACAGCUACCAGGAAGCUCCUGCUGCAAAGCCAAGAAAGCCGCCUUCGCCCUGCCGCAGUUUAUUUCCUUGACGGGGUGGUGAAAAGUGCCGGGUUGGUCUCGGAGAACAGAAGAGCCCUCGGUCUGUAUCUGUGGACGGGAUUUUCACUCUCUUCUGGCCACACGGUGGUUUCUGAGUGGACAGAGGUUGUGGUCGGCCUCUGCAAACAGAGAAAGUUGUUUUUCUCACAGUAGCAGAAACAGGAGGGUCAGCAGGUGAAGCCGCAGCAGGUUCAAGGGACCGAGGGAGGCCAAGGGAGGCCGGCUUCUUCACACACAUCAGAAAUGGUGCUCCAUCGCAACCAGAAGCUGAAUCUGCUGCGGAUUGUGGUGCUGCUGACGGUCGCCCUGGCCGGCCUCAAGUUUUUCUUCCGGGACAGCUUCACACUGGAUCAGCGCAAAGACACUAGCGGGGAGAGCGGCUUCUGGGGCAAAGCCGGGGAGCUCAAGCAGUCUGCCAAGCCCUGGGAUGGGUUGCCGGCGCUCCUGGAGACCAAGGUGGCCGCUGCGGGGCAAGAGAGUCGGAAGCAGCCGGUCUGGGAUUUCAGCACCACCCAAAUGCGGCUGGUGCAUCUUGACCUCAAGGGGGCAGCCCCCAAAGUGUCUUAUUUGGAGCAGGUCUUCCCGCUCUUCUCCAAACUGGGCGCCAACGGGAUCCUCAUUGAAUAUGAGGACAUGUUUCCAUUCAAGGGAGAGCUGGAAGUUUUGAAGUCUCCAUAUGCUUAUAGCGAAGAGGAUGUUGAGAGGAUCCAGAAUCUGGCUGAAAUCAAUAAGCUGGAGGUGAUCCCGCUGGUGCAGACCUUUGGGCACGUGGAGUUCAUCCUGAAGCACGACAAGUACCGGCACUUGCGGGAGGUGGAGCGAUUCCCCAACAGCUUCAACCCCCACGUCCCGGAGACGCUGGCCGUUCUGAAGGCCCUGAUCACCCAGGUGCUGAGCAAGCACAGGCGCUCCAGCUGGGUGCACAUUGGGGCCGAUGAGGUCUUCCACUUAGGGGAGGGGAUGGAUUCCAAGAACUGGCUGAGCCGCAAUGCCGGCGACGUGGGCAAGAUGUUCCUGAACCACAUCCGGGAGGUGGUGGACUUCAUUGCCAGCCAGGACUGGGGGUUCCAGGUGCUCAUGUGGGACGACAUGCUCCGCAAGGUCAGCGUGGCAGCUGUCCAAGACUCCGGUAUCGCCCAGCACGCUUCUCCCAUGUUAUGGUUUUAUGCUCCAAACUUUGAUGCACAACAAAUAGGGAAAUACGUCUCCAAAUACGCCGAGUGUGGCUUCAAGACCAUCUGGUUUGCCAGCGCCUUCAAAGGCACCACCGGCCCUGCUCAGGCCUGGACCCCUCUGCACCAUCACCUCCAGAACCACCUGCAGUGGCUGAGCGUCAUGCGGUCCGUGGCCAAGGCCCCCUCCACGAGGCUCCAGGGCAUCGCGCUGACCGGCUGGCAGAGGUACGACCACUACUCGGCCCUGUGUGAACUUCUUCCUGUUGGCAUCCCGUCCCUGGCUGUGUGUCUGCAGACUCUGGUGAAUGGUGGGUUUAAUGAAGCCGCCAAAAAGAAGGUCUUGGAGAUUCUGGGCUUCCAGAGCCUGCAGCUGGAGAAGAGCACCUGUGUGGGCAGCGGGGCCUUCCCCGGCUUGGAUAUCUAUCGCAUGGUUGAGCAGGUGAACAGCCAGCUGAAAGACUCUGUCCUCAAAGUCCUGGAAGAGGAGAGUUCCAUUAAGGGAUGGUUUAGCCCAUAUCACCGAAAGCACCUGUUCGGCAACCAGCAUGCAACGCAUGCGGAGAGAGCUUACAGGCAAGCAAAGAAAUGCAUCAAGGUCCACGAGGACUGGGAGAACUUCAUCCAAACCCUGCGUUCGCACAUGGAGGCCGUCUACUUCCCAGACACGGUCGAGGAGUGGAUGGAGGAGAACGUCAACCCGCACCUGGACCGGCUGCGUGAGUUCGUCCGCGACUUCAGGGAAGUCAUCCGCCUCAACGCUCGGCCCAAGAAGACCCUCUAGGGGACGCAGCCGGGCUGCAAGGGGCUCGUUGGGAACCGUCCUCUGGGUCGGCUGCUUCGGUGUUCUUUGUUUGACUUGGAAGAUCCUCCUCCAUGGGGAGGGGGGAAGGUUUGUGGCUGCGGGGGAGGGGGUGGGACUUGGAAGUGCACUUUAUUUCUUUUCAUGGAGUCUGUUUCCAUCUUGACAACAAAUGACCGCUAGGCCCAAUCCCAGAAUAAUAGCACUGUAGACCACAAGAGCUGGUGACAAAUUUGGGAGGGGGGAGGGAACCAUCUGGAAGGGCCAGAGGCAACAUACUUUUCUGUAUUUCUGGCUAGGAGAAGGGUAACCCUGAGACUCCCAGUGGCGGACGCCUGGCCUUCAUUUUUCUUCCACCUUUCUUCCAUGCCCAGACCAGGAACUGGUGAGGCCUGACUUAAGUUCCCCAUGGGGGCGUCUUUCCCAGUGGCACCGUGCCGUCCCAUAUGCCAGGAAGGGCUGCCCUCCUGAAGAAGGCGGUAAGCAAGCUGUUCUCUACUGGGGGCCUGCCCUGGGUGCGCAGGUGACGUGGCCUCUCUGGCGGUACAGCCCUCGCCUGAGAGAGCAGAAAGCUUCCUGAGCACCACGAGCAGCAGGUGCUGAGUUUUGAGGGCUGGGAGGUAAGAGGACCCAGGAGAUUCCUUCCCAGCCUCUGCCGCCGCCGCCGCCUCCUAAUGAUGGCUUUCCCCCACGCCACCCCUUUCCUUGUAUUUUUUAAAUUCAUCCAAUCGCUAGAAUGAUGACUUGGGCCUGAGACAAGAGAGAAGGAGAAAGGAUCUUGCAUUUCUCAUUCUUCUGGCCUAGGGCAACCCCCAAGUUUCAGCCUGACCCCUGUGAGAUGCAGCUUUUCUCAGCCACGCAUGUGAAGACGUUGGCCCGGCAACAUUCCUCGUCCCGUGGGGGUGCAGGACUCUCAAGGCAGGAGGGGCCUGUGCUCUUUCUCUCCAGGGAGUCUUUGGCCUCGGCCAGCUGAUCCACAUGGGCAGAGGAAUGGCUUCACCUGGGGGGUGGGAGGGGUGCGUGGCUAGAAUAACGCAAACAGUCCUCGCUAUUGGCUCUCCCAAGACCCCUUUUCUUGGUGAGGCUUCUGGUUCUCUGUGCAGUGGAGAAAACGCCCCGAAGCAGCCAGUGUGGCGGAUCCCUCAGCGCUUGGCUGCCUGCCUGGGCACCUGUGCAGAAUCCAGCAGCACAAUGCUGAUGCAGCAGGACCUCCCCCCCCACCCCGCUUCCCAAGGCCUCCCCCGAGAGGAAUGCUCUCUCUGCUGCUGCAGUCUCCAAAAAGUGCAUGGGGCAGGGAGACUGGGGACUUGCCCUGUGUGACAGCUUGUGCGACUCAAGCCAGCUCUCCCUUCCUGCUUAGGGAAACACACUCCUCUCCUCUUGGCUCACCUGCCCCCUCCCUAAAGAGCAGCCAUCGUGUGUGCCCCCCCCCCCCGCCUUGUGCUGUGGGGGAAGCGGAUGAGUUUCCGGCCAGCCCGCCUCUCUGGCCUCUGCAGCGUUGCUCUGGCUCUGAUGCUGUGAUUGACAGCUGUUGCUGUGCCCACACAGAGGGGCUGUCUGUUGCUUCUGGGCCUCUUUGGUUGGGUACCUCCAAGUUGUGUUGUUUGGGAGCCCUUUUUUCCCCUUCCUGUACAGAACGGAGCGCUUCUGUGAUUGUGGAGAUGAAUAAUAAAAUCAGAAGUAUUUUUCUAAGGAAA